AGGAGGGAGCAAAAGCCAAAGAGCGAUUUCAGUGAAAACGAAAGUAAAUGUUUUCAGGGAGGGGCUGUCGUUGUGAAUGUCUUUAUUUUUAACACAUUUGUCCAAGAAAAGGCGGAAAAUGUUCGAUCAGAUUGUGGGAAAGUAAGAGACCAUGACUGCGCAAUGGCCAUGAAUUCUUCAUCCAGAGAGCUUUACUGAUUUUCUGUAUUUUUAAUCGUGGAUUUAAAUCGGGAAAAACUGUUGUAAAAACCAAGGACUUCUGAAGGAUUGUUGCAUUUUUAUAAAGCAAGGAAAGUGGAAUUCACUCUCUACACACAAAGCCUCGUUGGAAGAGGAGGUGCUGGAGGUCUUAGAAGACAUAAGGGUGGAGAAAUUCCAGGACCUUAUCAAGUGUAAUCCAGGAGGUUGGGGGAAGUUAGGGAAGAAAUUGCAGGGUCCCCAGCAGAAUCAUCUUGCAACAUCUAUAACCGUGGGCAAUUCUUCUGCUGAGACUUCAGGAUGGAAGGUCUUCCCCACAUUGUGCUGUUACUGCUUGUGAUUCAGGACUCGGUGAAUGGUGAGUUCCAUGUCGUUGGACCUGGUAAACUGAUUGAAGCCAUUUUGGGUGAAGAUGCUCUGUUGGAAUGCCAGCUUGUGCCAGAUUUAUCUGCCAGCAACAUGUUGUUGCAGUGGCUUAAAUCAGGUCUAGAUUCACCCGUUCAUGUGUACAGACAUGGGGACCAUGAUGCUGCUGCUCAGCACAGGAAUUACAGAGGAAGGACAGAACUGUUGAAAAAUGAACUGACCCAAGGAGCCAUUUCUCUUCGAAUAAAGAACACAACAGUUUUUGAUCGAGGGGAAUACAGAUGUUUAGUUAAUAGCGGAACCUAUUCUGCAGAAGCUGCAGUCUCACUGAAUGUCAUAGGUUUGGGUCAAAGGCCCUGGAUUCAGUUGAAGGGAUACCAUAAAAACGGAAUCCAGCUUGUGUGUAAAUCCAGUGGAUGGUUCCCUCAGCCAGAAAUCGAGUGGAUCAGUGAAGAUGGACCUGUUUUAUCACAAGCUGAACCAAGUUAUGAUGUGGACUCCAAUGGUCUUGUAAACGUCCAGAGCAUCAUUGUCAUUGCAAAACAGUCAACAAACAGGUUCAAGUGUCGUAUACGCUAUGAACAAUUGGGAAUUACACGAGAAGCACCAAUCAGGAUAUCAGACGAUAUCUUCCCUGGUGUCCCUGAUUGGCUGGCACCUUUACUCGCGACCCUCUGUUGUGUGAUUGCUGGCAUCGCUGCUGUGCUUUAUUGGAGUGUGAAACACCAUCGACAGAUUAAAGGACUAAAACUUCAGAAAUCAUUCGUAGAAUGCGAGCGGAAGAGAAUUUGUGCGUAUAAAGUCUCACUGACCCUGGAUGUGGAAACAGCGAAUCCCUGGCUCGAGGUGUCUGAGGAUCUGAAGAGUUUGAGACGGACCGAGACCCAGAGGGAUCGCCCUGACACCGGGAAGAGGUUUACACACUGGGCCUGUGCCCUGGGAUCAGAGGGAUUCACAUCGGGGAGACAUUACUGGGAGGUGGAGGUGGUGGGGAAUCGUAGCUGGAGACUGGGAGUAGCCUCAGAGUCUGUGGAGAGGAAGAGAGGGGUCAGUCUGAUCCCGGGGAAUGGAUUCUGGAUCAUUGGGCGGAAAUGGGAUCAGUUUUAUAUAAACACCACUCAAUCCCCUCUCCCUGUCGGUCAGGUCCCCGGGAGGGUGGGAGUUUAUCUCAGUUAUGAGUCUGGGACAGUUUCAUUUUACAACGCGGACACCAUGUCCCAUCUCCACACCUUCACUGGGAAUAAAUUCACUGGGAAACUUUAUCCUUUCUUCGGGAGUUGGUAUUUAAACCAGUUUCUGAGAAUCUGCACCGAAGGGGCGGGGCCUCCCUGACGUUACAGUGACCUGACCCUGGGGUCAGGGGUCAGAAACAUACUUUGAGAACAUAUUGGUAUAAAAUGUUCAUUAAAAUUUACAAUUUAUACUUUGUACAAUCAGACUGUAAAUAACUUCAAUAUAAAUAGAAAUGUCAGAUGGACCUGACCUCAGGGUGAGGGACUGGGUUAGGGGUGAGGGGUCAGGGUGUUACUCAAUGUGUCAUUCAAUUUCAAGAUUAUAUUGUUGAAAAUCACAACCAAAGUGUAAAUAAAUCAGACAGAAAUGUAAAUGUCAGGAUGAAAAUAAAAAAUAAAUAAAUGAA